CAUGGAUGCACACAACUUUCCAUCGGUGCCAGUCCCUCGCCUGUUUCCUGGGCAUGCUCUUCUCCUUGAUAGUUCUCUGCUGAGAAGAAACUGGCUGCCAGCUGAGGACAAGGGAAGCAGUCGUACAAUCCAGGGCCUGAAAGCCCACCACGCUGCACAACAUGGCACCCAAGCGAGUCAAGUCAACAGAGAAGAAAGGAGCAGUCACAGAACAAGGCCGCACUGGGCCCCUUGUCAGUGAGAGGAGGAGGGAGCACCACCUGCACAAGGAAUGCGGCACCCUGGCAGAGCAUAUCGAUACCUACACACAGCGCGUGGAGCACUUCCAGGGGGAAAAUGAGUUCCUUGAUAAGGAAGCCCAGCAGAUCCGAGAGAACAGCAAAGCCUACCUUGCCUACUUGGCCAAGCGUACCCUCCGAUGCCAGGACACCAUCAUCACCCUGAACGACCAGAACCGCUCGGACCUAGCCCAGGUCCGGAAGCAGAAGGAGGAGCUGACUUCACAGUACACAGACAAGGAGAAGGAGGUGAGGUGUCAGCUGAUAGAGAUGGAGACCAAGUACUCCCUCAUGAACAGGGAGGUUGAGGAGCUGCAGCCCUUCAAGGAGCUGCAGUCAGAGCAACUGACCCGGAUCCGGGAGCUGGAGAAGGAGCUGCUCGCCUUGAAAAUCCAGCACUCAGAGCAAAUGCACACAGUCAAGAGCCGUUUCCUCCAGCAGAAGUCACAAUACGAGAUGGAAUCUCAGCAGAAAGUCCAAGCACUGGCCAAGAAGGCCGAGAAGGAAGCUGUGCUCAGUCUCAUCCAGCACACCAGGCAGAUCAAAGCUGAGAACUGGUGCCUGCGGAAGGAGCUGCUGAACCUCAUCCAGCGAGCCCAAGGCCUGAGAGCCUUCAUGCGCCAGCUGCAAGAGCAAGAGGACCAGCUCCUCCGGGAGCACCAGUACAGCCGAGACCUGGCACAGAUGCGCCACUGGUUAAAGAAGCAGCAGCAGCAGCAGCCGCCGCAAGGGGCUAUGGCAGGCACUGCUCCUUGCAGCCUCUCUGCUAAGCACAGGCUCCUCUCCCUUCAACCCCCAGAGUCGCCCCCAAGUGUCCAACAGGAAGCAGAGAGCGCCCCACCAGCCAGGAUGCCUACAGCCAGUGAUGGGGAGCCGGAAGUGCCUGCUAGCAGAGAGUCUCCAGAGCAUGCGACACAAAUGGCUUAAAGACCAGAGAUGCAAGGACUGCCUCCUUUCCCAGUGAAGUAGGAUGUUGCACUGCAGCCCUCACUACCAACAACUACAGGAAAUCUACAAAUGCAUCUUUCUUUCCUUUUUGGACCUUCACUGCUGAGUAGCUCAGGGUGGGACUAUUUAAACAAGAAAAUAAAAUGUAUGGAACCUA